AUGGGUCUCAAAUCUAAAAACCCAGACCACGAUGGUGCUUCCCUUCAAAAUGAUACUGCAGCUGGGCUGGUAUUCGGCUGGAAGUCCUUAUUCGGUUUUACGACUCGGAGACACUUACCGACGCUCAUCAUAGGAGCCAUUCUUGCCUUGCUGGCUGGCUGCGUGACCCCUGCCCUAGCCAUCUUUCUCGGAAACGUCUUCGAUGCAUUCACGUCGUUCGGAGCUGGGCAGAUUGCCGUCGAGGGUCUUCGCAGCAAGAUUGUGGCCAGUUGCUUUGGAAUGUUGGGGCUAGGAGCUGCUGGCUGGUUCCUCAAUAGCGCAUACUUUGCGGUAUUUGUCGCAUUUGGAGAGCUGCAGGCUUCGAACAUCCGCAGCAAGGUCUUUACAGAGCUUAUUCAACGAGAUGUCGAAUGGUUUGAGGCUCAGCAAGAAGGAUCGGGGGCUUUCUUGUUAGGAGUACAAGCUCAUAUUCACGAACUCCAGAUGGCGACAUCACAGCCUCUUGGGCUGCUUUUGCAGUAUCUCUGUCGAUCAUUGGCGUCUCUGGGACUAGGAUUCUAUACUUCGUGGAGUCUGUCCCUGGUGACAUUGGCUGGAAUCCCAAUGUUCUCUUCUGUGAUUGUCUACUUGUCCACAAGGAUGAAGCCCAGCAUCAAAGCACAGCAAGAAGAGCUUACUCAGGCGUCAAAGGUUGCGAGCAAUGCCAUCAGUUCUAUCGACGCAGUCAAAUGCUUGAACGGCCAGAGAAUUGAAUCGUGGAGCUUCUCCAUCCGAAUUGAGCAGUCCGCUAUCCAUUAUCUUCGGCAAGCCCGGCUCAAUUCUUUGCAGAUUUCAUUUGUUCGGUGGAUGAUGUUCGGCAUGUUUGUUCAAGGGUUCUGGUACGGGAGCUCCCUUGCUCGAACCGGCAAGAUCACCUCGGGUGAAGUUCUUAGGACAUUCUGGGCAUGUUUGACUGCAGCCCAGUCCAUCGAGCAAGUGCUGCCGCAGAUGAUUGUCUUGGAGAAAGGGAAAGUUGCAAGUGCCAUGCUCAAGUCAAUCAUGGGCCAAAAAGACCAAGACAGAGUCGUGAGUGAGAUCAAAGGAACCCUAUAUCCAGAGCACUGUGAGGGUGAUAUCGAGGUGAACAAUGUGUCCUUCUCAUACCCCAGUCAGCCGGAUCGCGUUGUUCUGAACCCAUCGUCAUUUUUCUUCCCCGCUGGGGAGACGACUUUCGUCAUUGGCAAGAGUGGCUCUGGAAAGACCACGCUCGGUCAACUAUUGAUGCGAUUCUAUCCACCUACUUCAGGCGAGAUUCUGAUAGACGGAAACCCUAUUGAUGCGCUCAAUAUCAACUGGGUCAGAAACAACAUUACUUUGGUGGAACAACGCAGUAUGCUAUUCAAUGACUCAGUGUUGAAGAACAUCGCCUUCGGCCGUCAGGACUACGAGACCGUAUCAACAGAAGAUGUUCGGAAUUCCAUCAAUGUUGCAAUGCUAAAUAGCGUUCUCGAGAGCCUGCCUGACGGCCUUGACACUUGCGUCGGACCUAGCGGUAAUCAUUUGAGUGGUGGACAGAAACAACGAGUUGCAAUCGCCAGAGCGAGGUUGCGCGACACACCCGUUCUGAUUUUGGACGAGCCCACCAGUGCUUUGGAUCCUGCAAACCGAGUGGCAGUGAUGAAGGCGAUCUGUGAGUGGCGUAGCGGAAAGACAACCAUCAUCAUCACUCACGACAUGUCCCAUAUCACUGAGCAAGACUUUGUCUAUAUCCUCGAAAAUGGUACAAUUGUGCAGAGCGGGUACAGAGCUACCAUGGAGAAGCAGCCAGGGAGCGAGAAGUAUUUCCGCACCGCGACAAAGGAAGACGUGAAAGAUUUCAGUUUGCAAAAGGAGUCGGGGGAGAGAGCAUAUCAUGGUCUCUCUUGGGAGGGCUCGCCUCGCCAGAGCUUGGCAGUUGAGCCUACAAUGCUACCACUUGCAGGUCAAAAUCCCAGAGAAAUCUUGGCUCAGCAUCACGCCCGUUCUAGUUCGUGGUCCGGUACCUGGAACUCAGCACAGAGAGGAGAUGAUUCUUACUCUUUUGACGACACUAUGCUCAACAUAUCAUACGAUCUCAGCAAACGUGGGUCCCUUCUGGGGAUACCCAGAAGGGAUGCAUCACCAGUGCGUCCAGGCUCCUACUACUCCAGACCGAUGGAGGAGUUCGAGAUGGUUCAAAUUGACGACGGUUUUGGGUAUGACCGCUCCAUUCGCACGAUGUCUUAUGCUUCCGCUGCCAAUCCUGCCAGGGAGCGACUAACCCUUGUUCAAGAAGAGAAAACCCCGAAGUUGCAGAAUGAACAGAAUGAAAAGGGCAUGACUUCACUGUCCCACAUCAUGGGCACUAUUGUGCCUACAUUGACUCCAAAACAACGAGUCAUCCUAUUUCUCGGAGUUGCCUCAGCUUUGGCCCAUGCAAGUGCGACACCAGUCUUCUCCUACUGUCUGUCGCAACUAUUUAGCACUUUCUACGCCGGAACCAAUAGCGCCAAGCUAACGAUGACAUGGUCACUGGCGGUACUUGGAGUCUCCAUCGGAGAUGGUCUGGCUUCGUUCUUCAUGCAAUACUUUCUCGAGUACUGUGGUGAAGCCUGGAUGAACGCACUCCGGAAAAAGGCAUUCGAUCGAGUGCUUGACCAACCUCGGGCCUGGUUUGAGCAAGAUGGCAACAGCUCCUUCAGGCUUACAUCGUAUCUGGAUCAUAAUGGUGAGGACAUCCGAAAUCUCCUUGGUCGUUUUGCUGGAUUCGUGAUUGUUGCUGCAGCCAUCACAGUGAUGGCAGUUAUCUGGAGUCUGAUCGUCUGUUGGAAGUUGACUUUGGUAGCUCUUGCCUGUGGGCCUUUCAUUUACGCGAUUACUCGAGGGUUCGAAGGGGUCAAUGGUCUCUGGGAGCAUCGAUGCAGCGAAGCCAGUGCGGUUGCCACGGAUAUCUUCACGGAAACAUUUUCAGAGAUUCGCACCGUGAAGACCCUGACUCUGGAGGGCUAUUUUCAUAAUAAGCAGGCGGACGCCAUCUCAAAAUGCCUGGCCGUGGGAUUGAAACGUGCUGGUUAUACGGGUCUGCUCUUUGGAUUGCUGGAGUCGACAGUCAUGUUUGCGAGUGCCUUGAUCUUUUACUAUGGAGCCGUGCUCGUAGCAUCUGAGUUUACCGUCAAUGAUGUGAUGAUGGUCUUCUCACUGCUGCUUUUCAGCAUUGGAUACGCAGCCCAGAUCUUAUCAUGGAUUCCUCAAAUCAACACUUCUCGCGAGGUCGCAACCCAACUUCUUCGGCUUGCCAAUCUCCCCGAAGCGGGCUCACAUGAACAUCGAGGCGACCUCAAGAUUUCCAAGCUCACUCCAAUCCAACUAUCCAAUCUGGACUUCAGAUAUCCCUCGAGACCCGACACCACAGUCUUGAAGAAUGUGUCAAUCAAGAUCGCCCAGAAUUCAGCCACGGCGAUCGUCGGCCGCUCCGGCUCGGGCAAGUCGACCAUCGCUUCGUUACUACUCGCGCUAUAUGAAGCGCCCGUAUCGAAAGAUGGCCGACCUACCGUGAGACUCGGUGGGGAAGACAUUUCACGCUUGCACAUUCCAACGCUGCGAUCUCAUAUCUCCAUUGUGUCACAGCAGCCGAUCAUCUUCCCCGGCACUAUCUAUGCCAACAUCAGCUAUGGACUUGCAGACCGUGCAUCCAUACAUAGCGUGCGUGUCGCAGCAGAAGCAGCAGGUAUCGACGACUUUAUCUUGUCACUUCCAAAUGGAUACUUCACUGUCAUUGGCGACGGUGGCAUUGGACUGUCCGGCGGCCAGAGGCAACGAUUGGUCAUCGCUCGUGCUCUGCUUCGUGAGCCCCAGAUCCUCAUCCUGGACGAGGCAACAUCCAGUCUCGAUCCUGCCGGUGCAGACCUUGUCCGGCAAACGGUACAGAAGCUUGUCGCUACCCGGAAUGACCUCACUGUGAUUAUCAUCACCCAUGCGAAGGAGAUGAUUGAGAUUGCAGAUCAUGUUGUUGUUCUUGAUCAAGGAAUUGUCGUGGAGGAUGGGUCGUACCGGGAUCUUGCACAGCGAGUGGGUGGGAGAUUAUACGAGUUGAUGAAUGACCCUGAGCAUGCAUAG